UAUCCUUUUUUUCUUGCUCUCUAUUUCCAUCCUUUUUCUUUGUUCCUUUGAACUCUUACACUUUUUUCAAUUGAAUUAUGUUACAACUUAUAUUGAAGUGAAAGGGAAAAUUUAAAGUGUAGAAUUUUUGAUGGGGAAUUGUUUUGGAGCUAAGCUUUCUAACUCUAAAUCUAGUAGUACUUACCCUAGCUUCUCAGCUAGACCAUCUACUCCAGAUACAUCAAAGAGCUACAGCAAUGGCGUUGGCUAUUCGGCCACGAGUGGCAGUAUUGGAUGUAGUAAUUUCUCAGCAGCUGCAAGUGAAGAUACAUGUUUGAACGGAGAGAUAUUGCCGAUUCCAAAUUUGAAGAUUUAUAGUUUUUCUGAUUUGAAGUUGUCCACGAAGAAUUUCAAGCCUGACUCAGUUUUGGGGAUUGGCGGUUUUGGGACCGUGUAUAAAGGAUGGGUUGAUGAGAAGACGCUUACUCCGACUAAACCUGGCACUGGAAUGAUUGUUGCCAUCAAGAAGUUGAACUCUGAGAGCACUCAAGGAUUUGAAGAGUGGCAGUCAGAAGUGAACUUUUUAGGAAGGCUUUCACAUCCUAACCUUGUUAAACUACUGGGAUAUUGUCAUGAGGACAAGGAACUGUUACUCGUUUACGAAUUUAUGCCCAAGGGGAGUUUGGAAAACCAUCUAUUCAGAAGGAGUGCUGCUAUUGAACCGCUUUCUUGGGACCUGCGGCUCAAAAUUGCCAUAGGAGCAGCACGGGGCUUAGCGUUCUUACAUACUUCAGAAAAGAAAGUCAUUUACAGAGACUUCAAAGCCUCAAACAUACUGCUUGAUGGGAAUUACAAUGCAAAAAUAUCAGAUUUUGGCUUAGCUAAACUGGGGCCUUCCGGUAGUGACUCACACGUAACUACUCGUGUUAUGGGCACAUAUGGUUAUGCUGCUCCAGAAUAUGUUGAAACUGGUCAUCUAUAUGUAAAAAGUGACGUGUACGGAUUUGGAGUCGUUGUGCUUGAGUUGCUGACUGGUUUACGAGCACUCGACACGAAAAGACCAAACGGACAAGAGAAAUUGGUGGACUGGGUGAAACCGAUGCUGUCUAACAAAAGGAAGCUGAAGUCCAUUAUGGAUGCUCGAAUGGAAGGCCAAUAUUCUUCAAAAGCAGCAACACUUGCUGCUCAGAUUACUCUAGAAUGUCUAGAGGGAGACCCAAAGAAUCGACCUUCAAUGAAAGAAGUAACGAACGUGUUGGAACAGAUCGAAGCCAUCAAGGAGAAUCCAAAAGAAUCGAAAAGCAAAUCCGAGCAUUCUUCAUCUCAUCGUCACAGACAAUCUCCAAGAAGUCGACAAUCACCUCGUCACACAAACGGCCAAGGAUCUGGAAAAUGACAAGUAGAAAUUGGCCUUUACCUAUGUAUGUAUAAAUUUCAUUCUUUUCUCAUUUAGUACAAGAUCAAGUUAAUAUUGUUCACCAUUUCAUUUUUUUCAACUACAAUUUUGUAUUGCAUGGCUUCACUGUUAUUGUAAUUUAUCAAAGGUAUUCAUAGACUGAUUUAGCUACUGGAAAA